CCCCUUACCAUAUGACGUACUAGGAGAGCGCCUGAGCUAACACUGUUAUCAAUCAUGUCUGUAGAAGACUUUUGCCGUCUUUGUAAGGGAAAUUUGCGCAUUAAAGGCACUCUUUCGAACACAAAAAAGAUAUUUCCUUUAAGGAGGGUACCAAACGAGAAAAGUGUUAACGAACGACUAAUGGCAUUGGGGUUAACAUUGUCUAAUGACAACUCAAGAUCGGGUCGAAUUUGUAGAUCGUGCUUUCGCUUGGUUGUAAGAAUAGAAGAGGAUUUUGCCGUUUUUAAAAAAUGGCAUGAAGCAGAGAAAGAAAGUGUGCCAGAAACACCAUCUACCUCCUUAGAGGAACGGGUACCUGGCGAGGAAGUUAGUCUCGCGAUAUCUGGAGUUCACAGCAUCCCUCCCGUCAGUGGAGAGAAACGGGCCAGGGAGCGCUCACCUUCAGAGACCACAAAUUAUGUUAAUAAAAAACUUUGUACCGAAACACCAACUCCUAAAUUGUCGAGGCCAACUGCUGAGAUGCCGGUCAGGCGAAGUCUGACGGAGGUUAUUAUUCACUACCCUUCUAAUCCAAAGGGUGACAAGAUGGAAUGCCAAGCCAACAUAGCAGGGAUUGUGGAAAACAUCACAAAGGAGAAUUGGAGAACGGCUGCCAAUCUGAUUGUCCGACAUAAAGAACUUUUUGGACGACUCAAGGAAAAUUUCCUUAAAGUCAUAGAGGAUGAGAGCAAACUACUUUGUAACCCAUACAAGGGCUUCAUGCUGUGGCGGUCAUCCGCGGCCGAUUUAAAGGCAUUUACAUUUGCAAAUUUGCUGUCGGAUCUUGAGCGUUUGUCCCCAUUCAUGUUUUCUAUAUUUUCUAAAAUCACCAAACGGUCUCCCCAUUCCACUUGUGCUGCUGCCGCGAUAGCUUUGAGAGGAAGGGAACCGCGCCUGUCAGCCUUUGCAUACUGUGUUGAUAGUGUCCUAAUGCACGGUGGGGCGAAGAAGGAAGUUUUUAAAAGGCUGAGCAAACUGGGCAUUUCGACAUCGCACAGUUCUGCUCUAACAAAACAAAAAGAAUCGAAGCUGCUCGCAGCCUCUGAAGAUAUUCAGAACACGCAGAGCAGAAAAGAGAAAAUGCCGGUUGAAUGCGAUUUUGAGAGUUAGUGCGUCGUAUUUAUUCAAAUUGACAACUCGAUAUCGUUGAUAUUCCAACACUUAUUAAGGUGAAUGUCCUCUAUGUGAGUAGCAAUUUUCAGGCGGACUUCAUGGGUCCAUCCAUCAGGCUGCUUGGCAGAGUGAGAGAAUGCUCCCUGUUGAGGUUGUCAGAGAGGCUGAGGUCUUUAAAAAUCAAGCAGGCAGAGAGUACACAGCAUUUCCUUAUUUUGAACCUUCUCUCAAUACUGAAGUACCUACAGUGACUUGUGGGGAUGGAUGAGGUUUAAUUGAAGGUAUGGAUGAAAGGGCCGAAAAUGACUUGAUUUUCAUUCUAAAUAAGUGCUAAAAAUGUCUCUUGGUGCUGACGUGAAUAUAGUCAAUUUACUAUAGAGCAGUGAUGUAUCCUAGUCACACACAUUGGCAGUAUAUAAAUGCUCCAAAAACUCCACAAGUCCUUUAGAUGCUUACUUAAGGGGCCACAUUGUACAAUAAAAACAAUAAUAUGGUUAUCUAUUUUUGUAUUUACUUGUAAUGCUAUAUCUGAACAAUUUAUGGCUUUUAACUUCUCAUGUCUCAUUGUUCUAUAAUGACAAAUUACAAUACCACAUUAUGAUUAAUGCUUCAAUUUGAAAUUUGAGCAGGGGAAAAUAAACCCAACCAGACAGUGAGGAUCAAAUAUAUUUGAAUCGAAAGCAUUUGUCAUGUCAUAUGCAUCGCAAAACCAUUUCACUUCUGAUCGUUCAACUCACUAAGUACAACACAGUGAGCAGCCUAAGUUGACAACCUAUCUCUGGAGUCGUGUUGAAAGAGACUUUAAUGUCCUACGGAAUUAUGGUGGUGUGACAUUUUGUUCCAGUCUGGGCUGCUGUGAUAGGUUCCCAACUCAGUCAUCGGUUCCCAACUCAGUCCCCUGCUCAAAUUUCAAAUUGAAGCAUUAAUCAUAAUGUGGUAUUGUAAUUUGUCAUUAUAGAACAAUGAGACAUGAGAAGUUAUCUGCAUAAGAAAAAGGGUCUUUAUAUCAACAACUUCACUGUUCACUCUUAAGAAUUCCUCCUGCAUGUUUUCAUCAGAAUACUGGAAGGUUGUUAACAAUAUUUAAGUUGUGUCAAAUAGGUGCUU